AGGAACAAAUGAAUAUGAAAUUCGUUCAUCGAUUUCCAUUUGCUUAAACGCAUGUGGUAGGUUGACUUAGAUCUGGACAAGCGUUCGCUUCAGUAUUGCCUCGCCUACUAUAAAACGAUACGAUAAUUUCACAGUAUGAAGACUGAUAUUGUGACAGUCAAAGGUAUUAGACAUGGGACUUUUUGCAACGAAAGAAACGGGGUUAAAAAGAAAACUCUCUUUCCAACGUGUAUGCUAUCAACAAAUUGUGGUACUGUGCCAAAUCUAUCUCGUGAAACUUAUUCCUACAUUCCAGUGCAUUUGCAUCCUGAUGUUACAGAGGUUCCUGUACAGUCAGUCAUUGAUCAUGAAUCAAUAUUUUCAUCCUAUGCUGGAUGGAGUGGUGAAUUGAUGAGAUUGUCAAAAUCUUCUCUUCUGUAUGUAUCAACCCAAGACCCACUUUUAUCCCUGAAGACUCGCAACAAACCAGAUGCUGUGCAAAAUACAACAAAGGCAGUUUCAAUUUGGGGAAACAAAGGUAGAAUCGCUCUGGAUGUUGAAAAACAUUUGCAAUUAAUUUCAACUUUGACCCCUGAUAUUUUCGAAGUAUUAGCUGAUGGAGACACAAUAGCUGAAGAUGUUUCCAACAAGCGAGUGUCAAAAUCUUUCGCAAACUCGUUGAAAUUUUUGGAACAAAGUUUAAAGUUGCAUAAAGAGAAUGAAAGGCUACAAGAUUCACACUUCAUUGUACCAUUGGAAGGUGGAAAUUCAGUUGAAUUGAGAAAGAAAUACGCAAUCAGUGCUCUACAUCUUAUUAAAGAGAAUAGUACAAUUGACAAAUGCUCUGGUUUCUUGGUCGAUGGGAUUUCACCAGACAAGCCAAUAUCAACACAUACCAUCGAUCUUGUUAAAGCUUCGUUAGAAGGACUACCUCAAGACAAACCAAGGUUUAUCCACGGAGCACGAUCACCACUGAAUGUUAUUAAAUUAGUCGAGUGCGGAAUUGAUGUAUUUGAUACAUCCUUUGCAAUAAAUUUAGCGCAGAAAAAUACUGCAAUAGUUUUCAGUAUACCUGAUUCCAAUCAUAAUACUGAAACUAAAAAUAUUUCUACAUCAAAUGGUGCAAAAUUCUCAAAGUUUGGUAAAAAUACAUUAGAUCUUUCUGAUGAAAUUUAUAAAGAUUCUUUUGAACCACUUUUAAAGAGUUGUUCGUGUUAUACGUGUACACGCCAUACAAGGUCGUAUAUCCAUCACUUAGUUUCAGUAAAUGAGCUUUUGGCACCAUUGCUGCUUACUUUACAUAAUUUGCACCACUAUUUGCAAUUUUUCGAUAAUUUACAGAAAGCUGUAAAAGCUGGGUCAUUUAGUGAAUUUAAAUCAUGUUUUAGCUAAUUUCAUCGAUGCAAUAAAAUUUUUACAUCUGGUAUGCCAGCAGUCAAAUAAAUGGUCGCUAUGCCAGA